CAGAAUGAAGGGGCUUGUGGGUUUAGCAGCCCUGGUGGUCGUCAUCACGGUAACCAGCAGAGAAGCUGAAGCCAUAGCUUCCUGCGACGCCUCUGAUAGCGGAGCUCUUCUCGAGUUCGCCUCCGCCUUCAAUGACUACGGCAAAGUCCUCGUCUCAUGGCAGCCGGGCACAGACUGCUGCUCCUGGCGCUGGGUCAAUUGCAGUGCCAUCACCGGUCGAGUCCAGGGCCUUGAGAUCGUCGGCCCCGAGCUCAAAACAGGCUUGCCUCUCAUAAGAAAAGUCGAUUUUGGAGGUCCCGUGGGAGCUCCGCUGGGACGACUAAUGGCACUGCAGUACCUGCGGCUGACGGACGUGUACUUCAACACCUUGGCUCCGUGGCCCAUAGGGCAGCUGUGGCUGACGCUCACAGAUCUGACGCUGGUCCGAUGCAACUUCUCCGGAGGCAUUCCCUUCACUUGGGGCUACCUCUCGAACCUCCGCAAGCUCGUCCUCAGCUCGAGCUUCACUGGUGUCCUGCCCGGCGAGCUGUGCAACCUGCCCAACAUCUGGACCUUCGACGUAUCAGACAAUGAUCUGACGGGCCCUUUCCCCUCGUGCCUCAUGAACUUGAAGACAGUGGUGGUGCUGCGAUUCGACAAUAAUCAGCUCACUGGCCCUCUUCCUCCCGAGGUCGGCAUGCUGAGCCCCACUCUGAGCACGCUGUCCUUGGCGAACAACAAGCUCACGGGCCCCAUCCCCAUCGCUCUGACCAAGCUCACCGGCCUCCGAGAGCUAAUCCUCGAGCGAAAUCUUCUCACGGGGCAGAUUCCCUCCGAGCUGAGCUUGAUGAAGAACCUCGUGCUUCUGGAUCUGAGUAACAAUUCUUUCGGGGGACUGAUCCCUCCCCCGCUUGCAAACCUUCCGAAACUCUCGAAGUUGGAUUUGUCCAACUGCAGCCUCGUGGGUCCGAUUCCCAGUAACUUCGGCAAUCUCGUCAGCCUGACCUCGUUCGUGGCCAGGUACAACAACUUGACGGGCUCGUUCCCGUCCUCUUUUGGUUACAUUCCCGCAGUGAACCGAUUGGAAGUCGAUGUCAGCUACAACAAGCUCACAGAAGACCUUCCCGACACUUUCUACAGCGUCAUGACGUUCAAGGCCAGCCACAACUCCCUCACUGGCGUCUUCCCGUUAUCUCUAGCAGGAGCGCAGUACGUAGACCUGUCGAGCAACAAGCUGACGGGUCUGGCAAGCGGCGACAUUCCCAACAACGUGUCACCUCUCGCGUACCUGAGACUCGAUCAGAACAACAUCUCGGCUUCGAUCCCUCGCUGGUUCGGGUCCCUCAACGCCUUGAACUACAUGCAAGUGAAUGAGAAUCAGAUCUACGGAGGACUUCCGCCGGCGCUGCUCGCUCUUCCGAGUCUCACAUUCGUCAACUUCUCCAACAACCAGCUCUCGGGCCAGCUCGGGUCGUUCCCUUCCAGAUCCCUCGUGGUCUUAGACCUCCAUAGAAACCAGCUCACCGGCGCCAUUCCUGACGACUACAUCUCCAACACCCCCGCCUUGAAGUAUCUGGAUCUGUCGUAUAAUUUGCUCACGAGGACGAUUCCUGCAAACUUGAUGCAGUCGGGACUCAGCUUUCUCAAUUUAGCCGGCAAUAAGCUCUGCAGCUGCGGCGACAUUCCUAGUAUACCAUUAUUGUCAGGUUUACAUCAAUGGAUCCCGUAGUCGAUCCCUUUCGAUCAUUCUUCAGGUAGAAUGUAAGCGCUCGAGCCACAGGUCCACGUCAUGGCCUCUUCGGCUUAUUAGAAUCGUCGAGAGAAAAUGGCCAGGCGGUUUUUGUAUGUAUGGAUCAAGAUUGCGCCUCAGGUCGAUGGAUUUAGAUAUCACGAUGUGGCUGCUUAUACAAAGCUCUCAAUAACUUACUGAUUUUCGUGU